GUGGGAUAGGUUUUCUAUGCAACAAGAGUGUUUGGCCUUUGUGAGGGAGAAGAAUUGAAAGGUUAGUGGUCACCUACUUGCAUUCACUCUCUCUCCAAGGUCAAGAAUCAAACAUUAAGAUCAGACAGAUUGGUCAGAUUUGGCUUAUUCUCAAGGGACUUUCCUUUGCACUAUCCUCUUCUUGAUUGAGUUGUUAUCUAAGAUUUAAGAUAUCAUGGACGAUAAUGGUACCUCAAAUAAUGCACUCAAGAACAAGUGGAUGUUGCCUCUAUCAGUUUUCUUCAAAGAUGCAAGACUUGUAUUCAAGAUGGACUCUCUAGCUAAGGAGUUACUUGGGAUUGCAUUCCCAUCUGCACUUGCUGUUGCUGCUGACCCAAUUGCUUCUCUUAUAGACACAGCAUUCAUAGGCCACUUGGGGCCGGUCGAACUUGCGGCAGCAGGAGUUUCCAUUGCUUUGUUCAACCAAGCUUCAAGGAUUACCAUUUUUCCUCUGGUCAGUAUUACAACUUCCUUUGUAGCUGAAGAAGAUACUAUUAAUAAAAUCAAUAUCAGAGCAGCAGAAAAGCAAUUCAAUGAUAGUAUUAAGACCAAGUCCAUUGAAAUAAUGCCUGGUGAUCAUUUGCUUCAAGACAUAGAAGCAGGUGAAUCCAAAUUGAAUACUGAGGAAAAGAAUGGUACCUUGAAAAAUGAAACAAAAAAUGGAGAUGAUACCAAUUCAAAUACAAGCAAGUCUUCUAUUGUUACUAGUAAUAGAAACAAGAGUGAGUCAAAACCUAUAAGGAAGAAGAUGCACAUUGCUUCAGCAUCUACAGCAUUGCUUUUUGGCACAUUCCUUGGACUUAUUCAAACUGCAACCCUUAUAUUUGCAACUAAACCUCUUUUAGGUGCAAUGGGUUUGAAAUAUGAUUCUCCUAUGCUUAUUCCAGCUGUUAAGUACUUGAGGUUGAGAGCCAUAGGUGCUCCUGCAGUGCUUCUCUCUUUGGCCAUGCAAGGAAUCUUUAGAGGGUUCAAAGACACAACAACUCCUUUAUAUGUCAUAGUUUCCGGGUAUGCAUUGAAUGUUGCUAUGGAUCCACUGCUUAUAUUUUACUUCAAAUUGGGUAUCAAAGGUGCAGCAAUUUCACAUGUGCUCUCUCAGUACAUUAUGGCAUUUUUCCUCUUGUUGAUAUUGAUGAGAAAAGUGGAUCUCCUACCUCCAAGCAUGAAGGAUUUGCAGAUUUUCAGGUUUCUUAAAAAUGGUGGUCUAUUGUUGGCCAGAGUAAUAGCAGUGACAUUCUGUGUGACAUUAUCAGCCUCAUUAGCAGCAAGGUUAGGACCAAUUCCAAUGGCUGCAUUCCAAACCUGCCUUCAAGUUUGGAUGACAUCAUCCCUUCUUGCUGAUGGUUUAGCUGUUGCAAUCCAGGCAAUUUUAGCAUGUUCUUUUGCUGAGAAAGACUAUAAUAAAGUGACUGCUGCUGCAACAAGGGUACUGCAAAUGAGUUUUGUUUUAGGAGUAGGACUCUCUUUUGUGGUUGGAGGUGGAUUGUUCUUUGGAGCUGGAGUAUUUUCCAAAAAUGUUGAUGUUAUUCACCUAAUCAGACUAGGCAUCCCGUUUGUUGCUGCUACACAACCAAUCAAUUCAUUAGCCUUUGUCUUUGAUGGUGUCAACUAUGGAGCUUCUGAUUUUGCUUAUUCUGCAUACUCCUUGGUCAUGGUCUCAUUAGCAAGUGUUACUUCUUUAUUCUUUCUCUACAAGUCUAAGGGUUUUAUUGGUAUCUGGAUUGCACUAACUAUCUACAUGAGUCUUCGCAUGAUUGCUGGUAUAUGGAGGAUGGGAACAGGAACAGGACCCUGGCGUUUUCUGAGAGGCCACUCUAUGUCUUGAAGAUAUCACACAAAAAUAAAUUUCAUUGUGUAGCAUUACGUUUUAUAAUCACUUUUCAUCAUUUAAAAUCAAUUGUCUGAUUUUUUGGACAUGCUUAUCCUCUCUAAUAUUGUCAUAGUCAUGGAAUGCUCCAUUUAUACGUGCUAGUGCUAUAUACAGUAUUGUUAUCUCGAGUUUUUUUCCCGCGUGAUGUAUCAUCAAUGUGAUUUUGUUGUACUUUGAAGAUUAUUCUUCCAGCUGUCAGUAUGUAAACUCAAAUGUAUAAUGAAAAUAAAUUUCCUUGCCACCAUUUAAAGUUCAA